GGGCUGUGCCGUGCCGGGGGCCAGGGUAGCGAUGUUGGCCGCCCGAGGGGCCGCGGUGGUGCCGCGGUGGUCCCGGGCUCUGCGCAGCUCGGCCGCCCUGGGCGGCUCCAGGAACCUGCUGCGGAAAAUGCUCCGCAAGAACAAAAAGAAGUUCUGGUAUGACAGCCCUACCCUGGGAUCACAAACGUUUUAUAAACCAGCCAAGUUGGACUUUUUAAUGAAAAAUGACCUGACAAAAUCAAGGAAAGAAGAUAACAUGCGCUGCAGRGUCUUGAAUGGUCUUAUUCAUAAAGCUGUGUUAGAGAUGGCGACUACCUGUGAAGUCAGUCAAGAAUUUUAUGAUCUCAAGCUGGAAAUCAGCAAGGUGUCCCUGUCAUCCAACUUUUCAGCGUGUUGUGUGUACUGGAACCCCACUUCCACUAUGGAGAAGGAAAGUUAUGUUGAAAGUGUGCUGCGGAAGAGUGCUCCACGUAUACGGUAUCUUCUGAAGAGUCAGCAGAUUGUAGGAAAUGCACCCCCAGUAGUAUUUAUAAAAGACAAAGAAGCUGCAGCUGUAAAAGAGGUCGAGGACUUACUGGCAAUUGCUGAUUUUGGACCUCCAGAAGAAGAAGAAAUACCUCAAAAUGAAUCAAGUAAACUAUYCACUUCAACAACUCAAUCUUCAGAUUCACCCAUGCGGCCUAAUCUGUUUGGCAUUGAUCAUGAACUGCUGAAUAAACAGAUAAUGGACUAUAAAAAAAUGAAAGUGUCGAGACAUAUAGAAGGCAUUGCCUGGACAGAGGAACAGGAGAAGCAGCUUUCUAAGAUUCAAAAGAAAAUGAAAAAAAAAAAACAAAGGAGUCCUCCUGACGAUGAUGACAUUACACCCCAGAAACACUUAUUGGACAGAUACGAAGCUGAUUACUGGGAUGAUAACCCUGGCUCAGKCUCAGACUACGAGCUGCAGGGUGAAUUACAGGAAGAGGAGAACGAGUUGGAUGCAGAUAAUGGCAAAACUUUAAAUCAGUCUACUGAUAAACCAAAAUGAAGUGAAAAARCCAUUCCUUUCAAAAUGGAGGCUGCCAAAAGUAAAAAAAAUGGAAAGACUGUCUUAGUUUCUGAAAGAUUCAUUUUUUAUGGCCUGUUUACCACUUGCUCAUUCAAACUAAUAGAUUUGCCACGUGAGGUUUGCUAACACAAAGUAAGUGAGAAAAACUGCCAUUAGUGACAUUCUAUUAAGCAGCUUUCAAGUUGCUUCAGUUGAGGGAUUUUUAAACCAGAGAGCAGUUUUGCAAUAAAAUACACCCAUUGCAGCAUUGAGUUAAAACUUCUUGCAGUUGUGUUGAUUAUUUCCAAUAAAAUUAUGGUUUCUA